AACAUGGAACAAAUCAAAACUACCCUCACAACUCACCAUAAUGUUGUCAAGAUAUUACAUCUCAUCAUUCUUUUUUCUCUCCACACUCAUCCUCUCUUUUCUCCCUCACUCCACCUCACAAACCCUGAUCCAAAACACAUGCAAGACCUGCUCUGAUGAGGAUCCCAACGUCCCCUACGGCUUCUGCACCACGUCGCUCUUCGCGGCCCCAGCCAGCCGCUGUGCAAGCCUCAAGGGCCUAGGCAUGAUCUCCAUAAGGCUCACAAGGUACAACUUGACAGACACCAGAUGCCAUAUCAAACAGCUGUUGCUCAACAAGAAACUUGACAAGUACGUGAGAUCGUGUCUGGAAACAUGCUUCGAGCUCUACGAUGAUGCCCUGCCAUCGAUCAAAAUGGCCAUGAAAUCUUACUCUAACAAGAAGUUUUAUGAUGCUAAUGUGCAAGUGAGUGGAGUCAUGAACGCGGCCACCACUUGUGAAGAUGGAUUUCUUGAGAGAAAAGGAGUUGUUUCGCCGCUAAGCCAGAGGAACAAUGCCACUUUUCAGUUAUCUGCCAUUGUUCUUUAUGUUAUCAAUGCUGUUCAGAUCAGUUCAUCAAAUUCAUCUUCAGAAUUGUGCUAAUUAUGUGUACUGUAAAUGUGAUAGUUAUUAACUUUUUCAUCACUUUGUUGAUGGGUACAUUUGGCGAUGAAUAUGAAGACACGUUCUUGGAUC